AUGUGUAUUUUUGUGAAUUAGAUAGAGUAUUUGAUUCAUAAAUAAAAUGAUUUUCUGUAUAUUAAUCACUUUUGAUUAUCAUUAAAAUUAAUCCAAAUAUUUAUCAUUAAAAUUAAUCCAAAUAUUUAAUUAUAUUAAAUUAGAUUUCUUUAAAAUUUCAAAUUAUUUAUUUCUAAGUUUUUGCCUCAAAUUUGUUUCACUUAAAAUACAAUAUAUUGCCUUACCUAAGCAGUAUACGGAAUCAGAUUAAAAUGGUAUGCCAUUGAUGAUUAACGAGUCGAUGUAAUAACAGUGACUAAUUUGAACCCUCUAUCUGAAACAACAUAUCCAAUUGCUAAUCCAAACUUCAAAAUAGCAAAAGUAUCAAUUUUAAGCUUUAGUUAUUGUGGUGCAUUUGAAUUUGAACUUUUAGUAAUAUUAUUUUAAUAAACUAUAGGUAUCAUCUUUAUCAACUACAUCCGUAAAAGUUGGAAUUUAAACUGCAAACUCUAACCUACUUCAUCUAGGAUUUUAAAUAAUAUUGGGAACUACUGAAGCUUUAACUCCUUUUGAAACAAAAGCUACAACUUCUUAAUAUACUAGUGGAGGUUUAAUUUUGAAGCAAAUUGUUUCUUUCUUCUUUUAUAUACUAAAUUAUAAUUCAGUAACACUUCAUCAUACAGAUUAAAAUUCUUCACAACCACUGUAGGUUCUACUGUUUAAUAUAGCGUGUAAACAUGUAAUAACUUCAAAUAUAUAUAUAUCUUAGGGUCAAGUAGUGUAUAUGCUCCAAACACUAUUUCUGCAUUGUAGAUGAAAUAUAUUUUAAGUUAUGAAUUUAAACCAAUUUAAUGUGAUACUCUUAGAAUAAGCAAAUAUUUAGAUAGAAAAAUUAAUGAAAAAACAUCUAAAUAAAUUAAUCUUGUAGAAGAAAACAAAAUAUAUAUUACUGAAGGUUAAGAUUCCAUUUAGGUUUCUGAUACAAUUCAAACCUUGAAUGUCAUUAUUUAUUUUAAGUGUUAUUCUAAUAAAAAGGUUCAUACAGUAAUAAAUAAAUGUAACAAUUGCUUAAAAUAAUAAAUAACUCUUGACCGCAAUUGCCAUGGUUCAAUGAACAUCAUUUAUUUUUAUAUGCGAUUUACAUCAUAAUCAGAUUUUAAAGAAUUAGCAAUUACAACUACUACUAAUGGUUUCUCAUUUGAUUAAAAACUUAGAAAUUAUGACGUUUAAACGAAAAAUGUCUUAAAUAUCUAAAUGUAAGAUAUCUGA